AUGAUUUCAGCACUGAACAGACGCACAUUUCUGAGAUCAGGGGUCCUUGGUAGAGGAGGAGAAAGAACGAUUUGGGCUUUAUUAGAGAGAAGAACAAUGAUGAACGGGGUGGAGAAAACGAAUGGUGAAGAUAUUGCCACGGAGGAACAGCUUAUCACUCCAUGGACUGCUUCUGUUGCUAGUGGAUAUACCUUGUUGAGGAAUCCACGCCACAACAAAGGGCUUGCCUUCUCUGAGAAUGAAAGGGAUGCACAUUACUUGCGUGGCCUUUUGCCUCCAGCACUCCUGACUCAGGAGCUCCAGGAGAAAAAGUUGAUGCAAAUCCUACGCCAGUAUGAAGUUCCUCUGCAACGAUACAUGGCCAUGAUGGAUCUUCAGGAGAGGAAUGAAAGGUUGUUUUACAAGCUUCUGAUUGAUAAUGUGGAGGAACUAUUGCCAGUUGUGUACACUCCCACUGUUGGUGAGGCUUGUCAGAAAUACGGGAGCAUUUUCAGACGCCCUCAGGGUCUCUACAUCAGUUUGAAAGAGAAGGGCAAGAUUCUUGAAGUAUUGAAGAAUUGGCCGGAGAGAAAUAUCCAAGUUAUUGUUGUUACUGAUGGUGAGCGUAUCUUGGGGCUUGGGGAUCUUGGUUGCCAGGGAAUGGGGAUUCCUGUUGGAAAACUCUCUCUGUAUACAGCACUUGGAGGAUUACGUCCCUCUGUGUGCUUGCCUGUAACAAUUGAUGUUGGCACAAACAAUGAGAAGUUAUUGAAUGAUGAGUUCUACAUUGGGCUUAGACAUAGGAGGGCAACUGGACAGGAAUAUGCAGAACUUGUGGAUGAGUUCAUGACUGCAGUUAAGAAGAACUAUGGGGAAAAAGUCCUCAUACAGUUUGAAGAUUUUGCAAAUCACAAUGCAUUUGAUCUACUGGAAAAAUACAGCCCAACUCAUCUUGUCUUCAAUGAUGACAUACAGGGUACUGCAUCUGUGGUGUUAGCUGGGCUUCUUGCAGCUCUGAAAUUGGUUGGUGGAACCUUGGCGGACCAUAAAUUCUUAUUCCUGGGUGCUGGAGAGGCUGGAACUGGUAUAGCUGAGCUUAUCGCUCUUGAGAUAUCAAAACAGACUAAUGCUCCACUUGAAGAGACCCGGAAAAGGAUUUGGCUUGUGGACUCAAAGGGACUGGUUGUUAGCUCCCGUAAGGAGUCACUUCAACAGUUCAAGAAACCUUGGGCUCAUGACCACGAGCCUAUCAAAGGGCUCCUAGAUGCUGUUAAGGCAAUCAAGCCAACAGUUUUGAUAGGAUCAUCUGGAGUUGGGAAAACAUUUACAAAGGAGGUAGUUGAGGCCAUGGCUUCAAUUAACGAGAAACCGCUAAUUCUUGCUCUCUCCAAUCCAACCUCACAAUCUGAAUGUACGGCCGAAGAAGCUUAUACAUGGAGCGAGGGUCGUGCAAUCUUUGCCAGCGGAAGCCCAUUUGAUCCUGUUGAAUAUAACAGCAACGUUUUUGUGCCUGGCCAGGCAAACAACGCUUAUAUAUUCCCUGGAUUUGGGUUGGGUUUGAUCAUCUCUGGUGCAAUUCGUGUGCAUAAUGACUUGCUUUUGGCGGCUUCUGAAUCUCUGGCUGCGCAAGUACAACAAGAAAAUUUUGACAAGGGGCUGAUUUACCCACCAUUUUCCAACAUUCGAAAGAUAUCAGCCAACAUCGCUGCUAAGGUUGCUGCUAAAGCAUAUGAACUCGGUCUGGCAUCUCGUCUCCCUCGUCCUAAAGACCUUGUCGCGUAUGCAGAGAGCUGCAUGUACAGCCCAGUCUACCGAAACUAUCGUUAA